AAUUAUAUGAACUGACCGGACUUUCUACUUCGGUCUUAUAACAUCGUCGUUUAAGCAUAUUGUUGUUAUCAAAAAUCAAAAUCAUACAAGUUGAUCAAAUUCAAUAACUCAAGCCAAAUUGAUCAAUUGAUACACUUGAGAUCAAUCAGAACAAAUGUCUUCACUUGCAGCUGCUAGAGCGGACAAUUUCUACUACCCUCCAGAAUGGACACCGGACCAGGGUUCUUUGAACAAGUUCAACGGCCAGCAUGCCCUCAGGGAGAGAGCCAGAAAAUUAGAUCAGGGUAUAUUGAUUAUAAGGUUCGAGAUGCCUUACAAUAUAUGGUGUGGUGGGUGCAAUUCUAUGAUUGCCAAGGGUGUGAGGUUCAAUGCAGAGAAAAAACAAGUUGGAAAUUAUUAUUCCACGAAGAUAUGGAGCUUCACCAUGAAGGCUGCAUGCUGCAGACAUGAGAUUGUCAUCCAGACAGAUCCAAAGAAUUGCCAAUAUGUGAUAAUUAGUGGUGCACAACAAAAGAUUGAAGAUUAUGACAACGAAGAUGCUGAAACCUUGGCACUUCCGGUAGAUGAAGAAAAAAGUAAGCUGUCAGACCCCUUCUACCGUCUUGAGCACCAGGAAGAGGAUGUAAAAAAGAAAAAAGCAGCAGAGCCUGUACUUGUGCGCCUGCAACGUGUAUCUGAUGCAAGGCAUGCAGACGAUUAUGCUUUAAACAAAGCCCUCCGCUCCAAACUUAGGGCUCAAAAGAAAAGAGUUGCUGAAGAAGAGGCAGCUUCCAGGAAAAUGGGAAUUGGCAUUCGGCUUCUUCCACCAUCUGAAGAAGAUACUGCAACUGCAUCACGUAUAAAAUUUCCUUACAAGUUCCACAAGAACCAGGUUGAAAAACGAGCCUUGAUUAGGUCUUCUUCAAUAUUCUCUAAUACUUCUGCGUCUACUACAAAGCAGUUGGAGUUGGCGAGCAAAAGAAGAAAAAUAGAUGCUGCUGCAGCAUCCAACUUACUGGUUGGAGGAUUCAAGCCAUCAACAUGGGCAAGGAGUGCCACUUCUUCUGAUCUCUAUAGCCAUGCUUUGCCGAUUUGCACAGAGGCUCGGGAAAUAGCGCACUCAACACAAACAUUUUAACAACCUGCCUGCUUAUCUACGGGACCGUUUG